CGAUUUCACGGAUGAUCAAAGAUUCCUUUAAAAACAGACGCGCUGGUUCAUCAGUUCAAUUUUAACUUCGGACUACACGUAUACGAACAAUGUAUCUGAAGAGUUGCUGUGCGUUGUUCUUACUGGCGCUUGUCGCCUGUCAAGCUGCACCUUUGAUCGAGAAAAAGUCUAUUAGCGAGGCAGACACGUUUGCCAAGGCUAACACAAACCAAAUGGACACUGGUAUUGAAAAGGCUAGAGCGAAGAAAUCGAUAACGACUUUCUGCAUGGAAGUUCACGAAGGAAAGCCAGAAAAGGUUCCCUGCAAAUCAGAGCCACAAAAAAUUGGUCAACCAGACAUAUCCAACCCAGUAUUUCUCGUGCAACCCGUACCAGUACCAGCACCAGUGCCAGCUCCUGCUCCAGUACAAGCGCCUGCACCUGCAGCCUUUCCGAUCAUUAAUAUCGUAUCGUCAGCUCCUGGCGCCGCACCUUGCGACAAACCAACUAAUGUGCACACAUCAUCGCCGCAACUUUACGCGCAUCAUCUCAUUCAUCCGCCAUCUCAACCAACACCGCCUGUGACUAGCCAGGAAGCUAAACUGCACAAGGAAGCAAUGAAAUUGCUAAAACCAGAGAACAUUUACCUACUACGAAGCCUCACACAAGCAAUAAACCAUUCCAAGAAAGAAAUCCAUCCCAUUUAGGGGGUAUUCUUCGUUCAACCUCAAUCAAUGUAAAAUUUAUCGACGUUUAAUUCUUUACAUCUUGGAUGUCUUUGUUAAAUUGGACCAGGCUUAAAAAUUAAAAGUCUAAAAUAUUUGAAACUUUAUACAGAACACACGAGUCUUCAACGCAAAUGUUCUUAUGUAUUGUUUAUUAAAAAAUAAAUAUAAUUAUUCUAAAAAA